AACUGGGCCCGCCUCUUCCCGGAAGCUGACUGUCAGCUGAUUUGUUUUUAUUGACAACGGUGACGAUACAUUAUCGGUAAAUAUCCUGAACACAAAAGCUCAUUUCUUCGUCUUUCCCCCUUUUCUCUCUACCUAUCUUUCCUCCGCGUACCCCGGUAUGGACGAAACUAGUCCGUUGGUUUCCCCGCUACGGGACUCCAACGACUUCGGCUUCUGCCCCACCGAGCCCACCAGUCCCCGGGGCGGAUUUGGAGGCACGCCGGGCUCGGUGGUUCGCAUCCCGGCCGGGAGUCCGGAGCGCAGCCGGGAGAGACAGCCGUUGUUGGACCGGGACCGAGGAGGUUCACCGCGGGAUCCGCAUAGAAACGACUUCUCGGAGGAUCCCGAGUUUCGAGAGAUCAUCCGCAAGGCGGAACGCGCCAUCGACGAAGGGAUCUAUCCGGAGAGAAUCUACCAGGGAUCCAGCGGCAGCUACUUUGUCAAAGAUUCACAAGGGAAGAUCAUCGGUGUGUUCAAGCCUAAGAACGAGGAGCCUUAUGGUCAGCUGAACCCAAAGUGGACCAAGUGGCUCCAGAAGCUGUGUUGUCCCUGCUGUUUUGGACGGGACUGUCUAGUCCUGAAUCAGGGUUAUCUGUCUGAGGCUGGGGCCAGUCUGGUGGACCAGAAACUAGAGCUUAACAUAGUACCCAGGACCAAGGUGGUGUACCUGGCCAGUGAGACGUUUAACUAUAACGCUAUAGACAGGGUCAAGUCCAGGGGUAAGAGGCUGGCUCUGGAGAAGGUACCCAAAGUGGGACAACACUUCCACAGGAUCGGCCUGCCUCCCAAGUUGGGUUCGUUCCAGAUCUUCGUUGAGGGCUUUAAGGAUGCAGACUUCUGGCUGCGGAGGUUUGAGGCAGACCCCUUGCCAGAGAACACCAACAGACAGAUGCAACUACAGUUUGAGAGGCUGGUGGUCCUCGAUUACAUCAUCAGGAACACCGAUCGGGGAAACGAUAACUGGCUUCUAAAAUAUGACUGUCCCAUGGACCAGGGAAACAGGGACACAGACUGGGUAGUAGUGAAGGAUCCUAUCAUCCAACUAGCUGCUAUAGACAACGGACUGGCCUUCCCUCUCAAACACCCCGACUCCUGGAGAGCCUACCCGUUCUACUGGGCGUGGCUGUCCCAAGCCAAGGUUCCAUUCUCCCAGGAGAUAAGAGAGCUGGUUCUUCCCAAACUGGCUGAUCCCAACUUUAUCAAAGAUCUGGAGGAAGACCUGUACGAACUGUUUAAGAAAGACCCAGGCUUCGACAGAGGGCAGUUCCACAGGCAGAUAGCUGUUAUGAGAGGACAGAUCCUGAACCUCAGCCAGGCUCUGAAGAACAGUAAGACCCCCCUCCAGCUGGUCCAGAUGCCUCCAGUUAUAGUAGAAACAGCCAGAGCACCACAGAGGGCCAACAGUGAGUCUUACACACAGAGCUUCCAGAGCAGGAGACCCUUCUUCACCCGGUGGUAGAGGAGGAGGAGGAGGAGAGUGAGCAAGUGUGUAAGUCAAAUGUAUAUGUGUAAAGGGCAAACGAGCGAGGAGUCUCUCAGCCCGCCCCCGCCCUCUCCUACCCCCGCCCCGCCCUCUCCUACCCCCGCCCCGCCCUCUCCGCCCCGCCCUCUCCGCACCGCCCUCUCCUACCCCCAACGGACACAGACGGUAUUGAGAAUGACUGAGGAAGACGAGGAGGACUGAGGACAAAAGGAAGAGAACGCAUAUCCCUCCGUCUGUUUGUCUCUGUGCCUUGUGUGGAUGUCAAAGAAGAAGAUGAUAUAUCUUCCUAUAAGGAAUGGAGUCUAUAUGAUGGGCUUAGUAAACUCCCUUUCUAUGGAGGUGUCCCAAAAGGAGCCCUACUCCCUAGUGCACUACUUUUGACCAGGGCCCAUAGGGUUCCAUUUGGGAAACAGACACUUAACUCAGCCACUGCAGUUUUAAAGCCUCUCUCCUUCUCUCUCCCCCGGUUUGGGUGAGAGGUGGUGUUGCAUUCCUUAUGACGGCCACUCUGUGGACAGCAGCAGCCAUGCGGACUCAUUGCUCUCAUGGCGCUCUACUGCCCCCUUUGUCUUCGGAUGAGGAACUGCAAGGUACUGCAGUGCAUUGACGUUUUAGGGGGCCACAUUUGGAGAAACGACGAGGGGAAAAGUAGAUCAGAUUUUCCUCUCCGCCAUUCUGUAGUCAAAUACAUUUAAGAUGUCUCCCAUCGCUUCUGUUUACUUUGAUUUCUGGUCAUUUAAAAAAAUAUUUUUUUGUUCUUGUGGGAGAAAGAUGGACACGUUUUUUUGAAAACACACUAUCAGGACUUCCUGCUGUUGCCACAGAUUCUAACUGACCUGAAAUGUAUUGUGACAUUUGCACUGUAUAAUUUGUAUGUAAUAUAUUUAAUGAAAGAUUAUAACACAACUGUAUUACAUUAAUACCAUGUAUCUUGUCGUUUGUUUUGAUAAAUGUGUUUUUAUUUAGA